AUGGAUAAGGAACAAAAUGAAGUCGAUGGAGAAUUUGACAUUCAACAAAGGAAGCGACAAUUGGUUGCUACUGAAAUUGUUUGUCAUGUAAUAAAGAUGAUACUUGCUCGAAAACUAAGUCAUGCAAGUUAUGUUGAUCGACCCAUUGGAUAUCGGUCUGCACAAUGUCAUUUAGUACGAGAGGAAUUAUUGAUGCAACUUAGUACAAAUGGAUAUUUGAGUAAGGUUAUCCGUAUGGGGCCAGAAACUUUUAGGCACUUAUGUGACUUAUUGCAAACACAUGGUGGUCUACAACCUACUCAAAGAGCCACGGUGCAAGAGCAAGUUGUUAAAUUUCUCCAUAUAUUAACAAUUCCCUCAAAAAAUAUCACAAUGUCAUACUUUUAUCGUCGUUCCGGAGAAACUGUUAGUCGUCAUUUUCAUAGAGUUUUACGAGCAGUUAUAGCAUUGGAGGAUCAAUUUCUUCACCAGCCUACGGGAGAACAAGUUCCUGCGGAAAUACUUAAUAGUGCAAGAUUUUAUCCAUAUUUUAAGGAUUGUGUGGGUGCAAUUGAUGGAACCCAUGUUCGCGUUAAAGUGUCCAGCGUUGAUGCGGCAAAAUAUCGUGGUAGAAAAGAGCAUCCAACACAAAAUGUGCUAGCUGCAUGUUCUUUGAAUAUGAGAUUCACAUAUGUUCUACCAGGUAAAUAUUACCUUGUUGAUGCUGGAUUCAUGUUGACAAGGGGACUUCUUACACCUUAUAGAAAUGUAAGGUAUCACUUGAAGGAAUACUCAAGUCAACAACCGCAAAACUUUCGAGAACUAUUCAAUUUGCGACAUUCAUCAUUGCGUAAUGCAAUUGAGAGAGCAUUUGGUGUCUAA